AUGAAGACUCUCGCCGUUGCCAGCGGGCUCGCCGCUCUGCUCCCCACGGCGCUGGCCUGUGGGAGCGACUCGUCGUGCUACGGCCCUACCAACACGGUCGAGCAUGUUCGCCAUGUCAAGCGCAUCCAGCCUGGAGUGCCCAAUGCGGCAUACGGACCCAAGGCGCCUCUUGAAUGGGGUCAACUCAACUUUCUGCAUACGACUGACACGCAUGGCUGGCUGGAGGGCCAUCUCAAGGAGCAAAACUAUGGCGCCGACUGGGGUGAUUUUGUCACCUUUUCGCGGCGUAUGAAGCAGACGGCCGGGAACAUGGGCGUCGACCUGCUUCUGAUUGACACUGGCGAUCUGCACGAUGGCAACGGCGUCUCAGAUGCCACUACUAUCGACGGCACCGAUUCGAUGCCCAUCUUUGACGAGAUUGCCUACGAUCUGCUGACGAUUGGUAACCACGAGCUGUAUGUGUCCGAGGUGGCGUACCAAAUGUUCAACAACUGGGCUCGCAAAUGGGGCGACCGAUAUGUCACAUCCAACGUCAAAGCCUUCAACCAGACAUCCGGUCAGUACGAGUACAUUGGAGCCACGCACCGUUACUUCACCACCGAAAAGGGCCUUCGUGUUAUGGCCUUUGGCGUCCUGUUCGACUUCACGGGCAACUCCAACGCCUCGCAGGUGCUCAAGGCCGCGGACAUGGUCAAGGAGGAGUGGUUCACUGAUGCCAUCAACACCUGCGACCCCAUCGACGUCUUUGUCCUCUUUGGCCACAAUCCCGUGCGCCAGACGGACUCGUCCAACACGCUCAAGACUGUCUUCAACGAGAUCCGCAAGGUCCAUCCCACCACCCCGAUCCAAAUCCUCGGAGGCCACAGCCACAUCCGUGACUUUGCCGUCUACGACGACAACUCGGUGGCCAUUGAGUCCGGCCGCUACUGCGAGACGCUUGGCUGGAUGUCCAUGACGGGCUUCAGCUCCUCCAACAGCGCAAAGUCCCCCUUUGUGUAUUCGCGCCGAUACCUCGACUGGAACCGCCAGACGUUCAUCUACCACACCAAGCAGACUGAGCAGGCGUUUGACUACGGCUCCGGCCUGCGUGUUACUGGGGAUAUUACCAAGGUGCGCGAGGAUCUCAGGCUGGGCGAUCUGUAUGGCUGCGCUCCUCAAACUUACUGCAUCUCUUGCGUGCCUUUUGACAACUCGAGCAACAUCUUCCCCGGCGUUGUCGUGCCCGCCGUCACUGCUAUUGUUGUUAACAAGACUCGUGAGGACAAGUCGCGCCUGAUUAUUGGCAACACCGGAGCAAUCCGCUUCGAUUUGCACCAGGGACCGUUUACUUACGACGACAACUUUAUCGUUUCUCCUUUCCGUGACGUCUUCCUCUACAUCCCUGAUGUGCCAUAUGAUUUGGCCAAGACUGUUUUGCCCAAGCUUAACAAGGGUCCCAUCGCUAAGCGUGAUCUCGCCACGAUGCCCAUCCCCCGCGACUCAUGCACUGAUCCCUCUCUGGGCUACCUCACCCGCCGCGAGAUGCGCCAGAGCCACGGCGUCGUCCGUCGCCAAGAGGUCGUUACUUCGGGCUAUGCCACCACUGAUGACUGGGGCACCGAUGGUGACGACACUGAGCACACUGGCAUUCCCAACUACAGCCUGCCCGGCUACUUCCAGGCCGAGGCCAACUUCCCCGAGGGCAAGGACCCCGAAGUCGUUGACCUGGUCUUUUUCGACUUUAUCGAGUCAUUAAUCCUGUCGGAUUUGGGUGCCAACUACACUUCCGACAUGGUAAGCUGCUACAUUGACUGCAGCUUUACUUCGCAGGACUAUAUGCUUCCUUAUGCGAAGCUCGCGUGGCAAGAAAACAUUGACAACUGCCCUGUUGCGAUUCAGUAA